CCUUACUUUGUUGUGUAUUGGAUGGUGUUGCCUGCCUGCCGUUUUGGCAUUGCCUUUUGCUUCUUCCACCUUCCUCACUUCUCCUCUCCUCUCCUCUCCUCUCCUCUCCAUCACUCAUUCUCAAAUCUCGCUUAUGGCUUCCAUCUUCGAAUCUGCCUGGAAGUACUUGAUCACAAAUUUCAGUGACUUUCAACUGGCAUGUUUGGGAAGUUUCUUUCUACAUGAAAGUGUUUUCUUCUUAUCCGGACUUCCUUUUGUAUGGAUCGAGAGGGCAGGUUGGUUGAGCAAGUACAAGAUUCAGGCAAAAAAUAAUAGCCCUGCAGCUCAGGAUAGAUGUAUUGGUCGCUUGUUGCUUUAUCAUUUUGGUGUCAAUCUACCUGUUAUGAUUUUUUCAUAUCCCGUCUUCAAAUACAUGGGCAUGCGGAGUAGUCUUCCCCUACCGUCCUGGAACAUAAUUCUAACUCAAAUAAUGUUUUACUUCAUUUUGGAGGACUUCAUAUUCUACUGGGGACACAGGAUACUGCACACAAAAUGGUUAUAUAAGCAUGUUCACAGUGUACAUCACGAGUAUGCGACACCAUUCGGACUUACUUCAGAAUAUGCUCAUCCUGCCGAAAUACUUUUCCUUGGAUUUGCAACCAUUUUCGGUCCUGCCAUAACUGGGCCCCACUUGAUAACUUUGUGGUUAUGGAUGGUUCUGAGAGUCCUAGAGACAGUUGAGGCACAUAGUGGUUACCAUUUUCCAUGGAGUCCCUCAAACUUCUUUCCAUUAUACGGCGGCGCUGAUUUCCACGAUUAUCAUCACCGUUUGUUGUACACCAAGUCCGGAAACUAUUCAUCAACUUUCACUUACAUGGACCGGAUAUUUGGAACUGAUGUAGGAUACAGAAAGUUAAAAGCAUUGAAGAACUCAGAAUUCGAAGACAAUUAUGAGCAAAAGAAACAAUAAGAAUAGAUUCUUGGGAACAUCUAGAAUGGUUAGAAAGUUGAUUCCCAACUUAAGGGUAUAUUUGAAAAAUGCUUGUCCUAUAACCACAUUGUAUUUGUGUUUUUUGUUGUUGUAGCUGGUCUUGUUGACAAAGUGAGUAUUGAUUGUUUUUUUGUGGACAUUCAUGCUUGUUAUGCAAAAAACUUAGUUAAGGUGCUUUAAAUUUUGGAAUACCUCUUCAUUUCAUGACUGUUAUUUGUUUGAUAUAAACCCAUAUAUGAACAUAAUUACUUCAUGCA